AUGAAUGAAUGUCUUCCUCCUCUAUCCUACAUAAACCAUAAACAUACUUCCUGCCUGCUAUGUGUCUCCUCCCCUCUCUUACAUGCGGUGCUCUGCGAUAACCUGCUACUGCUUUAUCUCACCUCACGCGCUCUCAGUUCCCCACCACUCUUUCUCUCCAUCAUUGAAGAACAAUUGGGCUAUCUCCCCUCUUCCGCUUUCUGCAAAGAAGAUUACCUGUCCAAUAGGAAUGCAUUGAAUGGUGGCAAAGUAACACAUGAAAUCGUGUCAAAAAUAUGUAAUCUCGCAUCUUAUUACAUUGGUAAUCCAAACCUUGACAGGAACAGGCAGCCUCGAUAUCAGCAACUACACAAUUAUCGACCUGGAUAUGGUCAUGAUAUGGAACUAGAGUACUCUCGAUCGUAUGAAGAACUGCUGCUGCUGCUGUUGCAACAGCAGGAGUCAGAGUCGGUUGCUAAAAUUGCCAUCGACUACCCCAAAGAUUUCAGAAAUUUUUUGCUGCCACGUUCUCCUAAGAAACGCGAAAAGGCAUUGUUGGCAAGCAAUAUGUACCAAAAGAAACUGAUGACGCUACUCCUACCUCAAACGCAUACAGACUUCAACCACACAGUUUCAUUUUUAGGCAAAGAGGGUGUUUACACCCUUGGCCACGGAGGUGUACCAUACCAUGAUCAGAAUGGAAAGUUUGUAACAAAGGGAUGCCUAUACGAAGUAUUGGCGUAUUGUCGCCGCAAAAGUCCCAAGGAGGAUGUGAUGAAACAUCUACAGAGGCUCGGUAUCAACGGUAAGCCAGCUUUUGACAUGAAAGUUGGUAUCUGUUUCAAUGUUGUUUUACUACUCUUCAACAGUACAAUCCCCCAAAAUGAUCACUUCUCUGACCAAAUGCGGUUUAGCAUUAUGUUACUAUUGAUGUGUAGUAAAGCUACUUCCUCAUUGAUCCACUACACGUCGUCUCGACAAGAUGUUGGGCAACGUUACUGA